AGUCUGUCGGACGAGCGCCAGAAUGACCCCACUACAUUCUGGAUGGACGACAAGGGAUACCGCUGGUGCAACGUCAACAGCAGGGACUGUCACCGUUGCGGGCGCUCCGGCCAUAUCGCCGCCUUCUGCAUGUUCGCCAUGCCUGAGGCGAUCAAGCAGAAGAUCAUGGACAAGGUGCACUUCAAUGCGAACAUGGCUGCCUCUAUGGCGGAGCUCGACGCGGAGGCCGAGCAGGGGUACCAGAUGGAGCAGGCUUAUGGCACGUAUAUUGUUCCUGCCCGUCGGUCGUCCCCCUCUCCUCCUCCUUCUCCGCGUCCUGCUUCCCCCGCCCACUCGUCCUCGGCCACCACCCCCGUUCACCAGGGUUGUCCCCCUCGCUCGUCGAAGAACAAGCAGAGGAGUGCGCCGAAGAUAAUGCUCUUCACGUGAUGGAUAUAGGAGGAUGCGAAUUUGGUGGGAGUUGCAGGAUCCGGUGGGAGCUUGGUUAGGUGGGAGUUCUCUUGUGGUCCGGCGCACAGGUGGGAGUGUUGGGAUUGGUGUGCUUGGACCGGCCCAAUGGGGAAGUCCGCCAAAU